UUCAGCAGGUAGCUAAACGCACUUGCGAGCUCUCUGCGCUCCGGAGUGGAUGUAGCAUAGUUAGACCGGACUGCCUGCGCUCAUUCCGUGUGAUGGAUGGAUGUAUUUAAAGGCUCCUUGGACUGGAAAACUGUCAUUCUGCAAAAAACUACAGACGAUUUAGCUCCUGGAAUAUUACAGCUGGGAGACAGGUUGAUCGAUUUGGCCCAAUUUAGAGUUUUCCUUGUAGCAGCACUGUUUUCCCCACCAUGAGGAGGUCUGUGGCUCUACCCGGUUUGCUCAGAGCAGUGAGCCUGUUCCUUUGCUUGAACACGACCGUCCAGGCCAUCGCCGUCGCCAACUCCACACGGCUCGAGUCCAUCCUGAACAAGUACACGAACAAGGGUGAGGAGUGGUGGAGGGCCAGGUCGAGAGGGAAGAGGGCAAUCAGCGAGGGCGACAUGCACCUCAUUCUGGACCUGCACAACAAACUGCGGGGUCAGGUCUACCCUCCUGCUUCCAACAUGGAGUACAUGGUAUGGGAUUAUGAGUUGGAGAGAAGUGCAGAGCACUGGGCUCACACCUGCAGAUGGGAACAUGGACCAAGCCACCUGCUGACACAAAUAGGCCAAAACCUUGGAGCACACUGGGGCAGGGACCGGCCCCCAACCUAUCAUGUCCAGGCCUGGUAUGAUGAGGUGAGGUACUACAGCUACCCCUACUCCCAGGAGUGUAACCCGCACUGUCCAUUCAGGUGUUCGGGACCUGUUUGUACUCAUUAUACUCAGUUGGUGUGGGCAACCACUAAUCGCAUUGGCUGUGCCAUCAACGUGUGUUACAACAUGAACGUGUGGGGAAUGAUCUGGGCCAAAGCGGUCUAUCUGGUCUGCAACUACUCUCCACCGGGUAACUGGUGGGGUCAUGCUCCAUACAAAUAUGGGACUCCCUGCUCUGCUUGUCCAGCGAGCUACGGUGGGGGAUGCAGGGACAACCUUUGCUAUAAAGAUGGCGGUGUUGACAGGCGUCCAGCUCCUGAGAUCGAGGAGACCAACUACAUUGAGCCCGAACCAGAACCAAGAGACAGAGAGCCCCAGCCCAGGGCUCAGGCACCAAGCAGCUUGCCUAAUGACAACCUAGAGAGAAACAGGGUUGUCAGCACAGAGCAGAUGUGCCAACAGGUGGACUGUGAAACCAAGCUGAGGGAUCACUGCAAGGGGACAACCUGUAACAGAUAUGAGUGUCCACCCGGUUGCACUGACAGGCCUGGAAAAGUAGUUGGGACUGGAUAUUAUGACAUGCAAUCCAGUGUGUGUGGAGCUGCGCUACACUUUGGUGUCAUUGACAAUGAUGGAGGAUGGCUGGAUGUGACCAGACUGGGCAGAAAGCAACAUUUCACCAAGUCAUACAAGAAUGGUAUUCAAUCCAUUGGGAAAAACAGAAGUGCAAAUUCCUUCAAAGUUGACUCUGUGCCUGUCAAGGCGGUGAGAUGUGAUACCACAGUGGCGCUCUUCUGUCCCUUCAAGAAACCGGCACGACACUGUCCCAGGUUGUACUGUCCCAAAAACUGUUUGCAUGAGAGUCAAGCUCGAGUUAUUGGAACAAAAUACUUCUCAGAUAAGUCGAGUAUCUGCAGAGCAGCCAUCCAUGCUGGAGUGAUCCAGAAUGAGUCGGGAGGUUACCUUGAUGUGAUGCCAGUGGACAAAAGGAGGCAUUACAGCGGUAGCUAUCAGAAUGGCAUCACCUCAGAAAGCCAACCAAACCCCACGGUCGGAAAAGCCUUCAGAGUCUUUGCAGUCAUCUGAAAACCACUUAAAGGACAAAGUACCGUCAAACAUGUCCACUUCAUACCCGACAUCCCUACUAAUUAUAAAUGUACAAGCUAUAAUUAUGUUCAUUCCUAGAAUGAGUAAGUCAGCGUUACUGCUACUGUCACUAAAAGUGUAACUCAAGGCUUCCCGUCUAUCUUUGGUCAUGACUGAAUCACUGUCCAGUAAUAACGCAGCAAAGGAUGUUCAGCGAAUGAUGUCUGCUGCCUCAUAUCUUUCCCUAAAUAUCUACAGCUGACCAUAGACAUGACAUCCUGUUUUCUUAACCAUCAAAGUUGUAUUUAAACGACCAGAUUUAUCAACUUUCCAACCGCUUUGUGUCAUUUUGAAAGGUGAAGGUAGAAGACUAAAAAUCAGAUGUGUUUGCUGACUAAUUCAAGAUGUGCAUCCUUUCUAUAUAGAGAAAAAGCAGAUAAAACAACAGAGGACUUAAUGCUUCAACUGGCACCAAAAUGAGAGGCUGAGUUAUAAUAUAAUAUAAUAUAAUAUAAUAUAAUAUAAAACACUAUCUCUGUGGAGGCUCAAACUGAUCAUAUUAACAAAAUAUAAGAAUAACUGGAUUGUCAUGGUAUAUUGGUAUAUUGGUAUACUGUUUUCACAUUUUCAGCAUAGAAAUCAGAUGUUUUUCUUCAAACUUACAAAGUAGAGAGUCUCGUUUUUUUUACUUUCUCAUGGCAUAAAUUUAUCCCUUUAUCACAAUAAGUGAGUAACAAUAAAAUUUUUAAUUAAUGUUAGAGAAUCCCAGCUUUUACUUAAGUACAGGAAUUGUUUGGGUUUUCUAAUGCCUCUGGUUGGGGUCUCCAAAUAUUGUAUGUCUGGUUAUAAUGUUAAUAUUCACAGUUAAAAUGCUUGUUGCAUAUUUUUGUACAUAAUGUUGUAAAUAAUACUGAAAACAUGCUUGUAAUGCUUUCUAUCCUCCUCUUUUUAAUUUACAGUUUUAACAGCCAUGCAAAUCAACGCAAUACACAGUAAAUGGCAUAAAAGCUUCUGUAUGAAAAGCAUAAAUCUACCACUCAAGUAUAUUCAUAUAUUUGUAAAUAUUGUGUGUGUGUAACAGAUAUUUUUUAUAUUUUAUUCUGCA